AUGAGGAAGGCAACGCUGAUGGUUUGGAUCAGCCUUUUGGUGCAAGUCUCCCAAGGUGCCCAGGGUCAUUAUGCCCGCAAGCUUCUGAACGACCUGAUGGAGGACUACACCAACGCUCUGAGACCUGUGGAGGACACAGACAGAGCCCUCAACGUGUCGCUGCAGAUCACGCUGUCACAGAUCAAAGAUAUGGAUGAGAAAAACCAGGUUCUAACCACGUACCUGUGGAUCAGGAAGGUCUGGUUCGAUGCUUACCUGAAGUGGGACAAGGAGGACUAUGACGACCUGGAGAUGAUCAACAUCCCCAGCGACCUGGUUUGGAAGCCGGACAUCGUCCUCUACAACAAAGCAGAUGAGGAUGCGUCAGAUCCAUCCAGCACUAACGUAAAGCUGCGUUAUAAUGGAGAGAUCAUCUGGGACUCUCCGGCCAUCACAAAGAGCGCAUGUGUGGUGGACGUCUCCUACUUCCCCUUCGACAGUCAGCAGUGUAACCUCACCUUCGGCUCCUGGACCUACAAUGGAAACCAGGUGGACAUCAGUUUGGGCAUGGACAGUGGAGACCUGUCCGACUUCGUGGAGAACGUGGAGUGGGAGUGUCACGGCAUGCCCGCGGUUAGAAACGUCAUGAUGUACGGCUGCUGCUCGGACCCUUACACUGAAAUCACCUAUACCCUGCUGCUGAAGCGCCGCUCCUCUUUCUACAUCUUCAACCUGCUCCUGCCCUGCUUCCUCAUCUCGUUCCUCGCCCCGCUGGGCUUCUACCUGCCCGCCGACUCCGGGGAGAAGGUGUCCCUCGGGGUCACGGUGCUGCUGGCCCUCACCGUGUUCCAGCUGCUGGUGGCUGAGAGCAUGCCUCCUGCGGAAAGCAUGCCCUACAUAGGAAAAUAUUACAUAGCCACGAUGACCAUGAUCACAGCUUCUACCUCUCUCACCAUCUUCAUCAUGAACAUUCAUUUCUGUGGCGCUGAGGCCAAGCCCGUCCCACACUGGGCCAAAGUAGUCAUCAUCGACUACAUGUCCAAAAUCUUCUUCGUCUACGAGGUGGGGGAGAACUGCACGACACCGCAGAGCGAGAGGACCCCACUGUACCCCGAGGAGCCAUUCAAUGACAUUGGCUGCCACCAGGAGAAUUGUCUUCAAGAUGACCUCUACCACCACGAUGGUGAGGUGUACAAGUACAGCAACGGCCACAGCGUGCACCAUAACGGUAAGCAUCACAAACACCGUGCAAACGGCAGUGCCAACAGCAGGAACCAAUGUCACUACAACAACCACAACAACCACGCCUCCCGACUGGAGAGGGGUGAGGCAAAGCGAGAGCCCGCUCAGCACUUCAACCACAUCAGGCAGGAGGAACUGGACUAUCAAGCCCCUCCACAUCCCACAAACCUCCAGCACCUCAACCGGGUGAUGAAGGAGCAGCUGCUGUAUCCCACAGAGAAGCUUCAGGUUCCAUCCUGUUCCUGCUGCUGCCCCUGCCUCCAACAUAAACAGGUGGUGAAGAACAUCCAGUACAUUGCCAAUUGCUUCCGCGAGCAGAAAGCGACGUGUGUCAAGGCAGCAGAGUGGAAGAAGGUUGCCAAGGUGAUGGAUAGGUUUUUCAUGUGGAUCUUCUUCUUCAUGGUCUUCCUCAUGAGCAUCCUCAUCAUUGCCAAGGCAUCCUGACGUCCUCCUCUUCCUCCUCCUCUGUCAUCCUCCUGGACCUCAGUGUUACUCCAGAGUCAUUUCUUGUGUACAAAGAGAUUGCAUGUGAUACGUCAGUGUUGUGCUUUGUGUGAAUCUGUGUGCGUGAUUGUGAAGGUUAAAUGUUUUUAUUUUCACUUUGACACAAAGGGGACAAAGUCACUGAGCACAAAUCAUCCAUUCAACCACACACACGCUCACACAAAGACAACUUCAUCAAGGCCUCUGUGAUAGUAAAGAUCAGGUCUGCUUGCAUGUGUCACGGAGCAGUGGAGCGGUAAGACAAUCUAGGCCUCGCCUCGAACAUGCAUGGACACUCCAUUAUGGAUGAGCUAACAUCCAGCUAUAGGUGUUACAUUACUUACACUACCUUUAAAGCAGCCGGAGGAUACUCGAGUGCAUCACAGAGAGAGUAGAAGCAGAAUGACUUCAUGUAUUAAGCAACCUGGUGGUUGAUGAAAAUAGUGCACAGGUCAGUGAAGGUGGGAAUCACACGUGUGUUACAGUGAAUAGCAUUACAUGGUUAAAGCCAUUAUAAAGCUGAUUUUAAGGUGAUGCUCUAGAUGUCAGAGAUGAGUGUCGAAUACUUGAAAGUUGUUAAAAUACUUGAAUUUGAGACUUAAAGCAUGAAAAGAUCAUUCAAUUUUUAACUCAACAAUCAGGUGUUGAAAUCUAACUCCAGAGAAUGACUUCACUCAACUGUUGACUUACCUACACUUUGCUUAUUGUCCUGUAAAAAACAUAAAGCUGUGAUAUCUUGUUAUUAAAGCAGGUCUUA